GUUUUCUGUUGCUAGUGCCACUGACAAUAUCCAACAUUAUCAUCGCUCUUUACUCUUUCUGAGAAACAGAAUCCUUCUGAACUCUUAGAAGAGCACACUUUUCGCUACCAGUUACUUCCCUCUUUCAUUUCUUAUAUCUGCUAAGUAAAAUCAAAAGGGUGAAUCUGAAUGGUUUUUGCUGUUAGUUUCUCUCAAAGCUUCCUUCUGUGCAAGGCAUCAUCAUCAUCAUCAUCAUCAUCAUAUCAGGUCAAGUGUUGCUCACGGUCACGGAACAAAGAAGCCACGUCACAUAUUCAAACAAAGAAACGGUGCUUGAGGUGCAACACCCUUUACUCAGAUGAAGAUAAUUCCCCACUUGCUUGCUCCUUCCAUGGCCACACCAAUGGAGAUAAGGGUCUAUUUUCAUUUGCUCCACCACACCAAGGAAUUGAUGGGGAUUGGAGUGAUAAAUCUGGAGUAAUAGUAUACAAAUGGAAUGAGAAGAAUGACAGGCCAAACACUGGCCGUGCCAAUUGGAAGAAAAGAUGGAGUUGUUGUGCUGAGUAUGAUGAGAAUGCCCCACCCUGUAGACGUGGCUGGCAUGUUUGUUAUGAUGAUGGUUUUACUUUGUAUUAGCUACAAUUCUUGUUCUGAAUGAUAAAUCUUUUUGGUUUCUUUUGAAUCUUCUAUUUUUGUUUUUUCUUAGAGAUAUGGCCAGUGUCAGAUGUCAAUAAUUAGAGGUGUAGGUGAAGAUACAAACUUGUGAAAUUGAUGUCUACUAGUAUAACCAAUCAUGGGUCUAGCUUUCAUGAGUAACUAAAAUUUACUUUGGUUUCA